ACUUAUCUUGUUGGAAUAGAAAAGAAAAAUAGUGGGCAAAUCGAGCUUUUCUUUUCUUUUUUUAUUGUUUUCUUUUGCCCUCUUGUACCAGUGUUGUUGUAUAAUUUAUUAAGUACAAGUUUCUUGGGUGGUGGUUGAAGGAUGAAUAGUGGCGGUGGUGGAGGUGGUGGGGGGGCUGAGAGUGCCGGUGUGGGGAUGGUAGCAAUGAGGUCGUCAUCAUCACCAUUUACAGUGUCACAGUGGCAGGAGCUGGAACAUCAAGCUUUGAUCUUUAAGUAUAUGAUGGCAGGUUUGCCAGUGCCACCUGAUCUUGUGCUCCCUAUUCAGAAGAGCUUUGAGUCCAUAUCUCAAAGGUUCUUUCACCACCCUACCAUGGGGUAUUGUUCCUUUUAUGGGAAGAAGGUGGAUCCGGAGCCAGGACGAUGUAGGAGGACCGAUGGCAAGAAAUGGCGGUGUUCCAAAGAUGCGUAUCCGGACUCAAAGUAUUGCGAGCGCCAUAUGCACCGUGGCCGUAACCGUUCAAGAAAGCCUGUGGAAUCACAAACUAUGGCACAGUCAUUAUCUACUGUGACAUCAUUGACUGUUUCUGGUAGUACUACCGGUGGUGGUGGGACUGGGACGGCAAGCUUCCAGAGCCUUCCAUUACAUGCCUUUGGUGGUACGCAAGUCACUGCUUUGGCAACCGGUCAGUCUAAUUAUCAUGUGGAGUCAAUCCCCUAUGGAAUCCCGAGGAAAGAUUAUAGGUCUCAAGGAAUAAAACCCGACGCGGGUGGGCAUAGUUUCAUCUCUGAGGCUUUGGGAAGCAACCGGGACACCUGGCCUCUAAUGCAAUCUAGAGUCUCUUCAUUUCCUCAGUCAAAAUCCGAUGGCAACCCGGUCUUACUGAAUGAUUACCCUCAGCAUUCGUUUUUCAGCGAUUUCAACUCGGGAGAAACUGUGAAGCCCGAGGGUCAAUCUCUUCGGCCGUUCUUUGACGAGUGGCCUAAAACCAGGGACACCUGGUCAGCUCUUGAAGACGACAGAUCCAACCAGACCUCAUUUUCUACAACACAGCUAUCGAUAUCCAUUCCGAUGGCAUCAUCUGACUUCUCCACAACUGGUUCUCAUUCUCCACACGGUGAGUUUCAAACUCCAUAGUUGAUCCUCCGAAACCCGCAUUUGAAUUACGCUGCAGAUGGUUGAAUGAACAGAUAUUUGGGAUUUCCUGGAACCCCGAUCGGAGAGAAGGCCUGGAAGUGUUCUAGCUACUGACUAAUAUUGUACUCUUUGAUGAUUUUGCUUCCGCAUGAAUGUGUGUAGUGUCAGUACACUGUAAGGUUUAGGGUUUUGGUAUAAAAUAAAACAAACCCUAGCAAGUAACUGGAAAAAAAAUCAGACAUUGCAGUUUUAAUGGAAUGAAUGAAAGAGCAUCAAUUUUUCUGCUUGGA